GCAUGUGCGAGGGGGCGCGCGCGUUGAGUGCCCCCCUGAGGGCCAGGAGGAGAACCUGAGGGGUGCACGCGUAGCCCCCAGAAUGGAGACUGAAUACCUGAGGAGAUGUUUCGGGACUUGCCUGGCCCAGGCACUGGCAGAGGUGGCGAAGGCUCGGCCCAGUGACCCAACAGAGUACCUGGCUCACUGGCUUUAUCAUUGUAAGGAAACCAUGGAGGCGAGAGAAGAGAAAGCUCAAGAGAAGAUCCAUCUGAAGGAAGAACGGGAGAAGUACCUUCAGGAAGCAGAGAUGGCAGAAAUGCUAAAGCAAGAAGAGUAUCAGAUCCAACAGAAAUGUGACAAGUGUCAUGAGGACCCAGGUUUCUUCGCCAUGGGAGUGUGGUCCAUCGGUGCAGGGGCUCUGGGGGCUGCAGCCGUGGCCCUGCUCCUGGCCAACACAGACCUCUUUCUGGCCAAGCCGCAAGAAGCAUCGCUGGAGUACCUCGAGAGCAUAGAUCUGAAAACGCUGGGCAAGGAACCUAGGACUUUCAAAGCAAAGGAGCUCUGGGAAAAGAACGGCGCCGUGAUCAUGGCUGUGCGCCGGCCGGGCUGUUUCCUCUGUCGAGAGGAGGCCACAGACCUGUCCUCCCUGAAGCCCAAGUUGGAUGAGCUGGGUGUCCCCCUCUACGCAGUGGUGAAGGAGCACGUCAGGACUGAGGUGAAGGACUUCCAGCCGUAUUUCAAAGGAGAAAUCUUCCUGGAUGAAAAGAAAAAAUUUUACGGUCCCGAAAAGCGGAAGAUGAUGUUUAUGGGAUUUGUCCGUCUGGGUGUCUGGUACAACUUCUUCCGGGCCCGGAACGGAGGCUUCUCUGGAAACCUGGACGGCGAAGGCUUUAUCCUCGGAGGAGUUUUUGUGGUGGGCUCGGGAAAGCAGGGCAUUCUUCUUGAGCACCGAGAGAAGGAGUUUGGAGACAAAGUAAACCCAGUUUCUGUUCUGGAAGCUGCUAGGAAAAUCAAACCACAGACCUUAGCCCCACAGGAAAACUGAUCUUGUUGAAACAACCCAGCUCAGGGAUAAUUGGGGCGCUCGCUGGUGUUCGUAGGAACUUGUGUGCCCGAGGAGCUAGAAAAGUCUCCGUACCUUAUUCCCAGCGUGGACUCUUAAUGUAUUUUACAGGUAUACUCUGUGUAGGCCCAUAAAGGGAAAAUAGCUCCCAAAAUAAGACUGACAAAAAUCUAAGAACCUGGUGAGGGUUACUUCAGCUACAACCUGAAAAAUAUGAGGCUUAAAAAGUUGGCUACGGCACAGCAUUACAGAUGCACAUCGUGUCUGAGUGCUGUUAAUUUUGAAAUCAGAAUAUAGUUUUUGGCUUGUGUUUUACAGUACUGACUUUUUACAUAAUACACUCAUGAUUAAAUUAAUGUGCUUCGAUAUAAUUUGAUAAAGAUCGAUUUUAAAGUAAAAUUUAGUUUUUCAUUGUUUCCAUUCUUAACUUCAGAGGUUAUUGUUCUAGAAGGAGCGAUCACCAUCUGUGUCUAAUAAAAUUACACACCAGAAUCAUGCCUUUUAGGAUCACCAGUAUUUCUAAUAAAACAAUAAAACUUUACCAUUAUGCUG